UUUGAAUUAAUGGGCUGGUCCUUUGUUUGUUCUUUCAGGGUCAGGAUUGCUUUGAGGAAAUGACGGUGAAUCUUCCAAGGAUCCAUCAAGUCUGCUUGGGGGCCUCUCGAAAGCUAGCAGGGGGCAGGCUGCUGAAUGAACAGGAGCGGCCACCUCUCUGGGCUCAAGAUUACCUGGACCGAGAGUCCACCGGCAGGACGUCGCUCCCCAAAACCCAGGACAACCUCUCGCCACGGUCCGGAUUGGGCAAAAUUUCGGAGAAUGAGCUGAUGAGGCCUGAAAGGUCUUCGAGCUCCCUCCCAACCAAGAGAGGCUCCGAAGCGAUCCCCUGCAGAGUGGGCUACAAAGAUCUCGGCGGGAUCCUUUUCCAGGAGAGGAUCCAAGAGAGCCCCCGGCAGAAGCGCUGCGUCGUGCUCCGCCGGCGGAUCCACACCGAGGAGCGGCUCUACAAGUGCCAGGAUUGCUGGAAGAGCUUUGACCACCGCUCCCACUUCAUCCGCCACAAGAAGAUCCACACGGGCGAGAAGCCUUUCCAGUGCACCGACUGCGGGAAGAGCUUCAACCGGAACUCCAACCUCACCACCCACAUGCGGACUCACACGGGCGAGAAGCCCUACAAGUGCUUGGACUGCGGCAAGAGCUUCCGGUGGAGCUCGGAUUUCAUCGUCCACGAGCGGACUCACACCGGGGAGAAGCCCUACAGCUGCGCGGACUGCGGGAAGGCCUUCCGCCGCAGCUCCAACCUCACAGCCCAUGAGCGGACGCACCGGGGUGAGAAGCCCUACAAGUGCUUGGACUGCGGGAAAAGCUUCACCCGAGGCCUCUACCUGAUCGCACACAAAAAGACGCACUCGGGGGAGUGAGCGGGAGAGAGCGAGAGUCGGAUAGCGGUGCCCCCUCCUUGGAUAUUUCCUGGGAGAGGGGAGCUCCUCGAACGUCUCAUCUGAACAGCAUCCAUGGCUCAUCUGGGAGGGCGGCGGCAGGGAAGAAAAUGAUCACUCCUGGGUUUGGGUUCAGGGCCCUGUCAACAACUCCAGAUGACCAGUGAUGGAUGGGAUCGACAGUAAUCUCACUCCAGUGCAAGGUUGGCCCAGUGAAGUUGCCAAAAAAAAAAAAAAAAAAUGUCCGCCGGAAUUCAUUUCGGCGGACGAUCCUUCUGGCAAAUCCUUCAAACCCCCCCAAGCCCAGUCGAUCAGUUUGGGGAGUAGGGCAACUCGGCCUACGAUGACCACGUUUGGGCGGGAUGACAGCUUCUCUCAGGACGUGACUCGCUACGGCGUGAGCAAUUUGAAUUAUCCGAAACCAAAAUCGGGAGGGUGAGCUGAAGGCGAGGAAGGCCUUGUUCGGAAGACAUGUUAUUCUGGGCCGGAUGGUUUCUCCACCUCGAAGCUGAGGGAGAAGAUCUUUUUAAGUUUUAGAUUGGCGCAGUGCUGCAGAUUUGAACCCUCAAAAGGACUUCGGAGCAGCGGAGGGACCUGCUUAACCCCCUUAAGAGCAGGGAUCUCCUAACUUGGGCAUCUUUUUAAGACUUGGGGACUUCGACUCCCAGAAUUUCAGCCUGGCCGACUGAGGAAUUCUGGGAGUUGAAGUCCACCAGUCUUAAAAGUGGCCAUGUUUGGAGACCUCGGAUUUAAAGCAAACCAUUGCUUUUUCUGCAGCUGCAGAAGACCACAGUGCCCAGUACCAGCUGCCUUUAGGGGAAUGGCAGAUGGGGGGGGGGGGGGGGCUGUUUGCACUUAAGAGAAACCUUUUGGGAUUUAGAUCCAAAGAGCACUGCCCGGCUUUUGUCUUUUGAUGCGCUUGUCAUGUACCAGCUAGAAAGUAGAACAUCACUGUUGGGUCAUUUUGGUUCCCUUCAAGUGGUCUUCUCUUGGCUGCAGCCCACCCCUCUGUAUUAUGGGCAUAGUAGUACUGAUUUACCAUAUAUGGUGGUCUUUCUCAACCUUGGUGGCUUUUAAGACGUGUGGACUUUUAACUCCCAGAAUU